UGGCGCCGGCCUCCACAAUCAUGUCCAGUGUGCCAGUGUGGCCACCACGUCUUUAUCUUCGUCUACUACUGUUACCCGAUCUUCUCCCUCAGCUGCUAGCCUACCCGAACUCUACCACUGCCUCUGGCCACUGGCCACCAUCGCCAAUUCCGCGUUUCUCAGGUCCAUCACACGGAACCCUGGACCACCCGUUGUUCAUUGACCCUAUCUCAAUCUCAAAUUCAACCUUCUAAUUCUUUCUGUUGUCUUAACUGUUACUCAACGACCCUCUCUGUUGUCCAAUUUCGGCAUUUUACUCUGUCUCUAUAACCAGAGGCUGCUCAUAAUCCGCGAUCCCUGUCAACGGCUUUUCACGCUCUUCUCCGGGACAUUCCCCAGCUGUUUCCCUCCCCAACGGCGACCCAGCUGCCUUGACGUCCGCAGUUACCGGUUCCUCUCGAAAAGCGGUCAACGCCCUCUGUAGACCACAAUCUACACAUCUCUUUGUGUAGCUCACCAGCCCUCUCGUCCUCUGCCAAAAUGUUCAGGUCAUGACCUCGAACCCUCCGGCCGAACCGCGGCCUCCCCCGUCGAAGCGUCUACCAGAUCCACCGCGGUUGCCUCACAGUAGGACGACAAGCAUAUCUUCUACCCCACGAAGUGCAGGCCCAUCUCAAGACCAAAGACACCAGAUAUAUCGCCGGCAAGAUGCAGAUGCGAGGCCAUUCAAGCGCCGCAAGGUGGAUGGCGAUCUCGAAAUUAACGAUGCUCCGUCAAUGUCAAACUACGUGGCGGUUGCUGCCAACGGCUCCAUUAGCUCGCAAUCCUCCAACUUGCGCUUAGGCUCCAUGGCCGACUUCCAAACAGAGAUUACCAGAGCCGGUCCUGACGAGACAUCGGAUGAUUCGGAGAAUGAUGAUCUGCCAGAUCUACCCGCCAGGCCUUGGGUCAACACUCCCAGCCGCAAGUCGGAUGAUGCCAAACCUACUCAUCGAUCACGCAUCCAAAUUCCUGUACCAACCACCCCUGAUUCCAUGAAGGAACCCUCUUCAGCGCCUCACCUAGUCAUGCAGCGGCCUGCUGGAUUCUUUCCAUGGACUGGAAAGCACCAGGAGGAUGUCAUGAACGAUGUCACCGUAAAACAGGGUUACUUUGACAAAGCACCAAAUCCCACUGAAAAGGAACUCAACACUGCACGUGUCCCCAUCUACAAUGCGUUCAAGCACAAGGGAGGGGUGGAAAAUUUGUCUAUCUUGUUCUCAUUGGUCCUGGACCAGAAAAACCAGCACGGCCUCAUGAGUUCCAUUUCAACCUUCAAGCCGCCCCCCAGGGUCACUCUGACCGAAAUCAAGCGCAAGUCUUGGAUUGCCGACCUAGCCAACGCCGAGAUUCCGCUCAGGAGGCUCAGUCGGACUAUUCCUCAGGGCAUCAGAGGUCAGAUUUUACUAGACCUCUGCCUACAAAGCGCUGUUCCUCUCAGCCGGGCCAUAUGGUUCGCCAAGUGCGUCUGCGCCAACGAAAUCCGAACUCUCAAACGAAAGGGCACUUCUGCUGCCGUCACGAUUGGGACAGAGACCAAGUGGUUACGCGAGUGGACCGUCAGUGUUGAACAGUUUGUCGAACAGCAGCUAGGGCAGACUGAUCUUCCUGAGUGGCGCACAAACAUCGACUACGCCUUGCGCCUCGUCACUCGCUUCUACCUGGAAAGCCUACUCGACCGCGAUCAUUACCUCGACUGGAUUGUGCGCUCUUUCGACCUGGCAGAAGCCAAGCAUGUUCCUUUUUGGAUAAUGAUGGUUCACAUUUAUAAGCAGGACAUUGGCUCCUAUCGCCGAAGGGCUCGAAGACUCGCCGAGGCUAUGAUCACCCAGUACGAGAAACUCCGCAAAGCCACAGACUCUGCAGCCUCUUCGGUCCAGCACAAAGUUUACCGGGCUCUACAUCAACUGUUAUUAGAUCGGCCAAAGGAUUUCUUUUUCCCGGAGAAAUGGCCUCAAUAUAUCGGCGUGAUUGAUUCAUGUCUCGAUUCUGAGUCAGCACGCGAGAAAACUCUCCUCAAGCAGUUGAACUUCAUCAAUCUGCGUUCAAUGGGUCACAACAAGCAGGAGAUCUCGGCUCAACGUGCACCAGGACCUGCCGUGGUCGAGAUUCUAGACGCUGCACGCCCUCCUUACUAUAUCUCAACCCUCUGCAACCGUCUGGGCUCAGCUUGCCCCCAGACUGAUCUUCUGGUCCUUACCUGUCUCGAGUGGGCAACGACACGUUUCCGAGCCUCCCCCGCGAGGAUCUAUCUCGUUGCUCGGCUGGUCAAACAAUGGCAGCGGUCAGGCUUUGCGAUGGAUAAUCUCAUUCUCAACUACCUUUCUUCUUGUCGAGAAGGCAAGACGACGGUCGAUACGGCCUCUCUGAAACAUCUCGUCGCCCAACUCUCAAGAUCGGAGACAUUCCCUGUGGCCAAAUAUGCUCAAUGGCUUAUGGUCCGAGGUCUUCCUAGACAUGGCUCUGUGUCCUUGCCAGCUGCGAUUUUGCCAUCUGCGACCGCUGAGCCCUCGACACCCAAUGACUCUUUACAGCUCCUCCUUGACAUACCAUUACAGAAGCUGGAGGAUCACGUGAUUAACCUCCGCAAUUCUGUCCUUGGCCGCACCGGAUUUGAUUGCGAAGACGAACAAAACGUGAUCGAAAACAGCCUGGAUUUCUUGAGACAGGAGCUCGGACUUCUUGCUACCUUCCGAAGCGUGGACCGAGAUCGUGAUCGCCUCCCAGAACCCAUGUUCUUGCUCUUCCCAUGGACAUUGAGAUCUGGUUUGUCUAUCUGGCUGCGAAAGUAUGUGGUCGACGCAGUUGAGUCAAGUUUCCCAAGCGCAGAUGCCGACGCCAAUCUCACCAGCCUCCGCAUGAUCAACUGCGAGCAGUUUUGCUUCAUACGAUAUGUGCUCGAACUAAUAGAAGACCAUGCGAUCCUUGCGGAUGUGGUCGGUAUCUUGACGUCCACGCGGGAUGAGAAUUUAAUGGCGUCUCUUGUGACCACUAUCCACCACCACGCCGACUCAUUUUCCGCCAUUGGUGCCCUCCACAUUCUCCAGGCUCGGAUUUGCCAAAUCUAUAUGAGCUGGCGACCGCUCAAGUCGAGCAUGCCUCUCCUUACUCUGGCACUACUGGAUUUGUGCAACACGUUUCCAGUCAAGGAUCUGUCAAUCAAACUUCUACAGCAUGACCUGGUCCGGGGUGAUCGUGGACGAGCAGUUGCGGCGUGCUCUCCUUAUAGUGAUGGAAUUGCUGAGUCUCUACAACAAGCAGGCGUCACCUUCAUUGAAGAUUUCGAGGCGAUCCUUCAGUCUGAGCCAAACAUGACAGAACAAACGAUGACUGGCCUGUUUUCUGUCCUAGCAGACCGCAUCGAAAAGCAACAAAAGUCGCCAGACGAUCUUGACACCUUGCUUGCUUUCUGCCAUCUCCUGCGCCGAUUGAAAUUAUGUCGAAAGACCCAAGGAGAAGUUCUAAUGAGAAAAUGGGUGGCUCGGAUGGUACUGGUCACUGAGACUACUUUUGCCACGACGCUCCUACGCUAUCUGGUUGGGUGCUGCUGUGUGACGUUUUCGGUGCUUCGAGAAAUUUUGGGCAUAGCCAAGACAAGCUUUGAGAGAUGUUUGCCAGCUCAAAAUGUGGUCAAGGAGGUCUUAUCACGUUCCAGGGACAUGUCGACCGAACCGAUGCACUAUAAAGUCCGACAGAAAUGGUACGAAUUCAUGCACCAGGAACCGCGACAGGCGCUGAGCAUUCUCAGCGAGACCAAGCUUUUGUCAGCCACAGAGUCUCUGGGAGAUCUUCUUUUGGGGCUUUUGACUGGCGCGACAGCCAGCCAGACGUCGACGCUUCCUUCUCAAGCAAAACAAUGGAUUUCGCAGAAGCUGGACGCCUUGCUCUUGUCGUCAUCUACGAACCAAGGAUCGCAAUUGCGAGAUCUUUUCGGCUCUCUCAACAAAUUCUCUCAGGCUUUCGUUCAGCUUCGCUUCUCACUGACAUCUCCGGUGAAGGAUUCUGAUGGGCAAGACAGCGAGGAGACGGCCAAAGGCUUGUACGAAGCUCUGGACCAAGUCUCUGGGGGCAAGACCGCAGGGUCUGGGGAUGCGUUGACGUUCGGGCAACUCCUGCGCGCAGUUGGGCCUGAGAUUGCUGGCGAGGUGCGGCACAAGGUUGAAAACGACUUCCUUGAAGCGCUACCGAAAAUCCACAACAAAGUGGCCAGUCCUCUGGUGACCGUGUUUCCGAGCGACACGCAUCAGUUGGACUUGAUCAUUCAGCGAUGUUUUGAGGUCUGUACCCCGGAGACCAAACCAAUGGCUGGAUUCAUGGCCCAACUUCUCGAUCGGUUUUCGGGUCAAAUCAAGUCGAUGGCAGCGCAUUUGGCCUCGAGCGCCACGUCAGGCAUACCAGGUCUACCAGCCACACCGACCGCUACCAGCGGCAGUCAUUAUCUGAAUGUGGCGUCAAGCCCAAUGGCAACUCCGGCAGAGAGCACCAGCCUCCCAAGUUACGUGCUAGACUGCCUUGAAUAUAUGCUCCAGAUGAUAUGUUUGCAGAGACAGGCACUGCUCAAGGCUGGGGAGGGCGGAAACAUCAAACAAGCUCAGAACGACCAAUUUCAGUUGUUGGUGCGAUUGGCGUAUGUGGUAGCCCAACCUGCUCUGGCGUUACCUGCGUCUGUUUUCAACACAAAGUCGGACCAACAACGAGCCACGGCAAUUUGCGAAUUUACGAUAGACGUCAUGACCUCGAUUGUCGACGAAGUUAGCGAGGAGGUGAGGGUGUUGUGCGCCAGACUUCUCAAGGAGAAACUCAAAAAUAAACGACUGAGAUAUCUGUUCGGUAGCAUCAACAGCACAGGGCCUGGUCAGGUGGCGGAGGUUGGUCAAGGACUCGUGAUGGUCAAAGAAGGCAAAGGGGUGAUUGGCGAUUGGAAGCCACGGGUGUGGGAAAUUGUUGCCAACGGGAGCGCCAAAGAGAACGAAACGUCGCUCGGUAUGGGGUUAUUUGGGGCCAGACGAGGAUGAGACAGGUAGCGGCUCUGAUUAAAAUUCUGGACCAGACAUUUGGCGUGGCAUUGCGUUGGAAGGGUAAAGAUCGAAAGCGACCGGGGCUUGGCGUGGAAUGAGCAAGGCAUGGCUACGCUGUUCUCGUUUGGAAACCUCGAUGACCUUUGAUGAUGCAUGACGAUAAUUGUGUGAGGGCGGCAAGUAUAUAACUAUACACCUGGAAGAUGAUACUCCUCGACGCAAGAAAGAAAUCAGGAGCUAGCAGGAAGAACUUGGUAGCUUGUAUCUGAUAGAUUGAUGAAUGCAAGAACUGUGCUUGUAUCUAUUUGAGGAUAAUGAGAACAUGUGUUG